UCUGUGUGUGUGUGUGUGGGCGGAGGGAGGGAGAGAGCUGCGCGAGCUUAUCCGCUCUAGGGAAUCAAUUGAAGAGGUUAAUUUAUUUUUUUUGGUACCUUCUGGAGUGGGACAAGGUCGACUUGUCCCGUCGCUUAAACAAAACAAACCAACAACAACCAACAACAACAACCGACACUUUAAACUCACCAUCAGCGCCGCCGUCGUCGUCAUGGAGAAGGCGAGGUCGCGGGACGCCGCUGUGGAUGAUGGCGAAGUGGCGGUGCAGCUCGACCACGGGGGCCGCACUAAAGGCCACCAGGGGCCGCCAGUGGCCCGUGGGCCUUGCAACGAAGAGCACUGCCCCACAGUGUUGUCUCGAGACUGCAGCUUGGGCCACCGCGUCGCAGAUUCCCUGAAGGUCAUCGAGGACGCGGUGCGGACGUACGGGCUGGCCCAGCUGUGCGUAGCCUUCAACGGCGGCAAGGACUGCACGGCCUUGCUGCACCUGGUCCACACUGUGACGCGCAGGCUAUGCUUGGACAUGGGGGAGAAACUGCAGGCUCUCUACAUCCGUGGAGCGGCUCCCUUCCCAGAGAUAGAGAGCUUCGUGCAGGAAUCAGGCCAGCGCUACGGGCUGCGCAUGCACACGGUGGAGGGCGCGGUGCGUGAUGCCCUGGCGGAACUGAAGCUCCGGGAGCCGGGCCUACGCGCGGUGCUCAUGGGGACGAGGCGCACCGACCCAUACUCGCACACCCUCACCCCCGAGUGCCGCACAGACCCGGGCUGGCCCGAGUAUGUGCGAAUCAACCCAAUGCUGGAGUGGAGUUACCACGACGUCUGGCGCUUCCUGCGUUCGUCGAAUCUCCCUUACUGCAUCCUGUACGACAACGGCUACACGUCCCUGGGCAGCGCCGCCGACACGUGGAGGAACGACGCGCUGCGUUACACGGACGCACGCGGAGAGGAGCGCUACCGCCCCGCCUACUCGCUCGAUGACCCCGAGGAGGAGCGCACGUCACGCAGCUGACACGACCCCUGACAUGCAGGGGAGUGCCCAGCUUUGCUCCGUCCGUCCGUGCAGGGGCAGGGACCAUUGUUUGCCAAUCAUGGUGCCACGGUGGGGUAGGGGGGGGGUAGGGGGGUGUCUUGAUUUGAACCUGGUGAGUCGCAGCCUCCUAAGGUGUGGCCUUGAAACGUCUUGCUCGUGCCACUGCGGGCAGAAGGGCCUCUGUGGGUUGACUUGCUCUGUUCAUCCAGCGGUCAAGAAUGCCGGGUUUUGCCAACUGUCGGUGCGGCGUCGUCUGUGGACUCGGGGCUCGCGCCACCGUUUGGAAGCACGUAAAUAAUAAGAGUGCUCUUCGAGAGCGCCUUUAAGAGGGUACUUUGGCCUACAGUUUGUACGCAGAGAACUUACACUUUACCUCACCACACAUCUGCCGAUUAACAGCGGUGUACACAAUUAUACUGCCCCCCCCCCCCCCCUAAUCAGAGGUCUUAUAGUGUCAGGGUGCAGAGGGAGGUGGGUGGUUUGUGGCCAGGUGGUUCAGAUGUCAAAGGCUUGAGAACGACACCUGUCAGAACGCUCGUUUGAGUGUGUGUGGUCACCACCUGUGAUUAAACCGGUUUCUUAAGGUUAGUUGGCCGAGUUGAUGGUCUCGGUCUAGUCACUAAUGACUGCACAAAAUUUUGGGGUCCACUUCGGCAUUGAAGAUAUACGACUGACUGCCAUGCAAAUGAAUAAAUCUGUAGAGUUUUGAGCGUGGGGAAUUGUGUACCCGCCAUCGCAUGUGGAUAAGACGUUCUAGGAUAUCUCCUCUCCCAGACCAUUGAGGCCAUGUGAGAGUUCCCAAUUGGACACUUUGCGCCCUGCUGCGGUGCAUUACAACAAAAUUGGGAACAGAAAUUACAACAGAUAUUGCGGCUUGCAAGCAGGUUUUCCUGCUGCAUGCAGAACACAUGGCAACAGCACUGAACUGUAGACUCUGGGCUACAGAUGCAACCACUGAGAACUAAUCAUAGUGGAGAGAGGUUCAUAAUGCAAUGCUAAUAAUCUAAACUGUUUUUGUGAAGUGGUCUGUCAAGAAAACAUGAAGGCUGUAUGAUAAUGAGCAGCUAAUUUUUUUACGAGACUGCAUCCAAGGAGAAAUUAGGAAAUGUGGACUUAAAAUUUGGUCUUUUAAUAGCAACAUAAAAUAGAUAAAUGCUGAUGGUGAACAUCCUGCUUUUCUGAGGCCUAAAAUUAAAGACUUAGAUCUUGGUCACCGGUUCAGACAAUGCGACUGAAUGAGUUUUGAACAAGUGAAUACUCAUAUUCUUGAUUCUUUCGGUAAAGUCACGUAGAAGAGAAACAAUAAAAUAAUGAAAUAUAUAUAAAACAAUAAAAUUCUCACGACGUUUCGACUGCAACACAAGUAAUCAUCAUCAGGUGUGA